CGCUCCUGCUGCCGCUGAGUCAGUGUUUGCCCUGGCGGUGCCCAGAUAAGAGGGGCUUGGGGAAGGCUGGGAGCCUCCCCCUCCUCCCGCUAGCGCUGCACCCAUGGCAGUCACGUGGAGGGCCGGGUUCCCACAGCCUUAGCCUCCUCCGGCAAAGGCGGCAGCGGCGAGUGCGAGGCGGGCUCCCGGAGCAGCGCGCUGCCUCAGCCUCCCCCGUCUGCCUGGGCAGGGGGGUUUCCUCAGGCAGCGGCGGGGACCGCUGGCAAGUCGCCCUGUGACUCCCUGCAGGCCCCCCCCCCGUGAGGAGCGCUUUAAGCUGCUGCUUUCCUGAACAUCAGGUUGGGAAUUUCCCCGGGUUCUUUUUUCCCCCACCCUCUCUCUGGCUUUAAAAGAAGUUGGCUGCCUUCCGUUGCAGGGACCCUGGUAUCAUUAUUAGUGGUAGCAGGAAGAGUAGUAGGAUUACUGGUUGGCUGCUUGUGCCCACUGAAUGAAAGCCCGAGGGAGCCCUAGAGAGAGGAAGGAGCCUGGCGAGUUGAAGCGUUCUCUGUGGUCCCAAGUUGCAGCUGAGCUUUCCCGGCUUGGAUAAGAGAUGGAUCAGGAUGAGAUUGAUCUGCACACAAUCCCCCCUGACGCAUCCUGGGGACCACACACUGACAGUGCAUUUCAUGGGGUGGAAUUUCUGCCAGAAAAUCUCGGAGAGGCUCCAAAUGAAACAGAAAUGAGGGUGAAUGAGAAAUAUUCAUCUCUACCUGCUGAGGAGAAGGGGAUUCACAUUAUCAACAUCCGAGCUAUUGAAGACAUAGGAUAUGUCCAGCAUGAAAGUACAUUAUUAAACUCACUGUCUAGAGAUCCAGAUGCCAACUGCAAAUAUGGACUCUAUUUUAGAGAUGGCAAGAGGAAAGUGGAUUAUAUCUUGGUUUACCAUUACAAGAAGUCCUCUAUGGGCAGAACACUCACUAAACUAAUUCAUCACAAUGAUGCAAGUGCUCGAAACACCAAGCUGGAUCAUCCACUUCCUGGGAAGGGAGCGAGCCUUGACCUGGGAGAAAGUGAGCCACAGAUGGACUACCAUGAAGAUGACAAGAGAUUCCGUAGAGAGGAGUAUGAAAGCAACCUUACUGAGGCUGGUCUGGAACUGGAAAGAGAUGAAGAUACUAAAAUCCAUGGGGUUGGAUUUGUAAAAAUACAUGCACCUUGGCAUGUCUUGUGCCGGGAGGCAGAAUUUCUGAAGCUGAAAAUGCCUACAAAAAAGGUGUAUCAGAUCAAUCAGGCCCAUGGUCUUUUGAAAAAAAUUAAUUCUGUGAUUCAAAAAAUAACAGAACCCAUCCAACCAAAAGUAGCGGAACACAAACCACAGACAAUGAAACGCCUCUCCUACCCAUUCUCCCGGGAGAAACGGCAUUUGUUUGACUUGUCUGACAAAGAUUCCUUUUUUGAUAGCAAAACUAGGAGCACGAUUGUUUAUGAAAUCCUGAAAAGAACAACAUGUACCAAAGCCAAAUACAGCAUGGGGAAAGGAGAGGGAAGAAAGAAGGAAACUGCACUUUUAAAUAAAAGACGAAAAUGUGGUAAAUAUGGGAUCACCAGUUUGCUUGCCAAUGGCGUUUACAGUGCCGCAUAUCCCCUGCAUGAUGGUGACUAUGAAGGUGACGAUGUUGACCUCAAUGACAGAAAACUCCUGUUUGAGGAAUGGGCAAGCUAUGGAGUCUUUUAUAAAUAUCAGCCAAUUGACCUGGUGAGAAAAUAUUUUGGAGAGAAGAUCGGACUGUAUUUUGCCUGGCUGGGAGUUUACACACAAAUGCUCAUUCCAGCUUCUAUUGUAGGGAUUAUUGUAUUCCUGUAUGGCUGUGCAACUGUGGAUCAGAACAUACCAAGCAUGGAGAUGUGUGACCAGAGAAACAAUAUCACCAUGUGUCCUUUAUGUGACAAAACAUGCAGUUACUGGAAAAUGAGCUCUGCCUGUGCCACUGCUCGAGCAAGUCACCUCUUUGAUAACCCAGCAACUGUCUUCUUCUCUGUCUUUAUGGCUCUAUGGGCUGCCACAUUUAUGGAACACUGGAAGAGAAGACAGAUGCGUCUCAACUAUAGAUGGGAUCUGACUGGGUUUGAAGAGGAGGAGGAGGCAGUCAAGGAUCAUCCAAGAGCAGAAUAUGAAGCAAAAGUAUUAGAAAAAUCACUGAGGAAAGAAUACAGACAUAAAGAGAAGCGUCGACAUUUGCCAGAAGAGACAACAAACAAAUGGAGACAAAGAGUUAAGACAGUCAUGGCUGGGGUGAAAUUGACUGAUAAAGAGAAACUGACAUGGAAAGAUCGUUUUCCAGCAUAUUUUACCAACUUCGUUGGCAUUAUCUUCAUGAUUGGACUGACAUUUGCUAUCGUAUUUGGAGUCAUUAUAUAUAGAAUCUCCACUGCAGCAGCCUUAGCCAUUAGCUCAACUCCUUCUGGCCGGUCUAACGUUAGAGUAACUGUGACUGCAACUGCAGUAAUUAUUAAUUUGGUGGUGAUCAUCAUCCUGGACGAAGUAUAUGGCUGCAUAGCAAGAUGGCUAACUCAGAUUGAGGUCCCAAAAACUGACAAAAAUUUUGAAGAGCGACUGAUCUUCAAAGCCUUCCUUCUGAAAUUUGUCAAUGCUUACACUCCCAUUUUCUAUGUCGCUUUCUUCAAGGGCCGAUUUGUUGGACGUCCUGGAGACUAUGUCUACAUUUUUCAUUCUUUUCGAAUGGAAGAGUGUGCCCCUGGCGGUUGCUUAAUGGAGUUAUGUAUUCAGCUAAGCAUUAUUAUGUUGGGCAAACAGCUCAUUCAGAACAAUCUGUUUGAGAUUGGCAUCCCAAAAAUGAAGAAAUUUAUAAGAUAUGUGAAAUCAAAACGUCAGAGUUCUUUAGAUCAUGAGGAGCACAUGAAAAAAAAACAGCGCUAUGAAGUGGACCACAACUUGGAGCCUUUUGCUGGACUUACUCCAGAAUACAUGGAAAUGAUUAUCCAGUUUGGAUUUGUAACCUUGUUUGUUGCAUCCUUCCCACUGGCCCCUUUGUUUGCAUUGUUGAACAACAUUAUUGAAAUACGGCUAGAUGCAAAGAAAUUUGUCACAGAACUUAGGAGACCAGUUGCAGUUCGAGCAAAAGAUAUAGGAAUCUGGUAUAAUAUCCUCAGAGGUAUAGGAAAGCUUGCUGUAAUAAUAAAUGCAUUUGUGAUCUCAUUCACAUCUGACUUCAUUCCACGCCUCGUGUACCUGUAUAUGUACAGUGAAAAUGGCACCAUGCAUGGCUUCGUGAACCAUACGCUAUCUUCUUUUAAUGUCAGCGAUUUUCAAGAAGGAACAGCUCCAAAUGAUCCUUUGGAGCUUGGCUACGAGGUCCAGAUAUGCAGAUACAAAGAUUACCGAGAACCCCCAUGGUCUGAAAACAAAUAUGACAUUUCAAAGGAUUUUUGGGCUGUGCUAGCAGCAAGAUUAGCAUUUGUGAUAGUUUUCCAGAACUUGGUCAUGUUCAUGAGUGACUUUGUUGACUGGAUUAUCCCAGACAUUCCCAAGGACAUUAGUCAGCAGAUUCAUAAAGAGAAAGUUCUCAUGGUAGAGGUUUUUAUGAAAGAAGAGCAGGGGAAAGUACAAAUGCUGGAAACCUGGAAAGACAAGGAGAAGAAAAAAGUUGAAAACUGGAACAAUCACAGCCCCAGGCUCUCAAGAAGCCACAGUGGGAGUUUGUCCUCUUGCCAUUCUUAUCAUGUGGAUGUAUAGAAGACGACGCAGCAGCAGCAGCAGCAGUUUGCUAUGUUGGGGCAUUCCAUAGAUAAACAAGCCAUCACUUAACAGCGAGACUUGAUUUAUGGACAACCUGGUGCAUGUUUAAGUAUGUGCAGCCAUUUUGCUCCCAUCUUUGUGAGAAAUUCUUACAAAUAUGGAGGACCACAUUCUAUUUCUGAUAGGAUUUGUUUGCACAAUCAGUAAUGCAGGGAAUUUUAUAUUUCAUAUUGAUGUUGGUGUGCAUUAGUAAAAUGCAAGUAUUUAGUAUGUACUAGUAGAAAUGUUCCCUGAGAAUUUAAAUAAUGAAAGGUACAUUUCAAGUAAUGAUGAUAAUAGCUUAAAAUCUUUUUGGCACCCAAAGCCUAAACAAUUUGGGAGGUUGCUUUAUAAAGGAUAUGCAGAAAUCAAUUUUACAGUGUGUUCUAGUUUCCUUCAGCGGGAGGGGAGAAACCAUAUCAACCUAACAAGACACAUUCAUUUUCAAAGAUGCAGCUCAGCUCCCUGUCAGAUAAAAUCUGGAUUUAAACCUGCAGAUCCUAGACAAACAAAACUCCCAUUGAGAUUACUAGACUAUAUGACUGAAGCAAGUUCAGGUUUAAAAAAAAAGAUGGGUGGGGAUUUUCAUCUUGAACAGGCAACAACAGAGUUGUUUUCUUUUUUGAUCCUGACAGAAUGUGUUAUAUCCUAGCGAUCUCCAUUGGUGCACAACUACAUUUAGAAAAAUGAGAAUGUGAAAUCAGACUAGAUGCAUUCACUGUCAUCCCAAUUCUGUGCAUCUGUGAGAGCUAUUAGUUUUCUAGAAAAGUUCUUCUGAUGGGUGAAAUGUAUGUGCAUGCAACUACUUCAGUGCCCAAAGUGUAUCAUGUACUUGUACACGAUGCAUUUGGGACACCAAGCCAGUGACAGCUCAGCAGCAGCACAAUUUCAUAGAACUUUUCAGCAGGUUGAGCACUGUAGGGUAUUCUAAAGGGGCCCUGACUUAGUGAGCACAUGUAGAGUCACAGUCAUUUAUACUGCCCCAUCUAGCAUCUAAUAUGGGGAUAUAACUCUCCCUACCAGCUUGGCCACAUCCCCUCCUCAGUCAAAGCCACUGGGUUCUUCUCUACAGCAGUCUCCCCUCUGCUAUGGUGGAGCGGAGGAUGUUGCACUGACUUUAUUUAGCUAUUGUUUUUCCUUUCUGCUAGUAAGGGCAUCUACACCAGAAAAG